UUUGGUACUGCAAGUAAUACUGAAAUUAGACUGUUUCCCUUAAAAUGAGUAGCUAAUCACAACAAGCUUUCAAAUAUAGAUAAAUAUAAUAUAAUAUAAUAUAAUAUAAUAUAAUAUAAUAUAUAUAUAAUAUAAUAUAAUAUAAUAUAAUAUAAUAUAAUAUAAUAUAAACAUAUCACUUUUCACAUUACUAUGUAUUUUAAUCCCAGCAAUUACGGCUUAUUCAGAUCACCAUUAAAGGACACAGGUCAAUGAGAUAUUAAAACUAAAGAGAGUAAACAUAACCUGCCUAAGAGAUAUCUGUGAAAGCAAAUGCAUAAUUGGAUGAACAAAAGGGGUGGGGAAAAAAACAGCUCCACCAAGGGAGGCUCUGGCAAACUCUUCCCUUUCAUAAUCUCCGACUUCAACCAAUCAGUACUCAGAAGAACCCCCCUCCAGAGCGCCCCUCCUCCGAAACUCCAUGCCUGUCUGUUUAUAGAGCGCAGAGAGGAAAGAGAGAGGCAGAGAGGGAGUGUAGUACACACUCAAGCUCUGCGAGGGAGAGAGAGAGACAGACAGAGAGAAAAAAAGAGGAAGACCCAUACAAUUCAGAGUGAAAAUCGGAGGAACAGAAAGAAAGGAUGGAUGCUGAAGAAGAAAAUUUUGAUGAGAGAGAAGGAUCUGGAAGAGGUACCAAAAAGCUUUAAGAUCCUGAUCAUUGUUUGUGCUUUCAUCUUUUCACCAGUUUUUCCAGAUGCCACGUGGACACUGCAAGCUUAAGAGUCACCGAGAGUUAUUAGUCCUAACGCAGCAAAUGUUUUUUGACAUUUUAACAAAAUGAACGGGGAAAAAAGGUAUAUCUAAAAUUUAAGGACCACUUUCUCCAGGUACUGAAGGAGCAUUGAUAAACAACUGUACUGUUUCCUUAUCUUCUGGUUAAAACAAACAACAGAUUGCUUGUAUUGUGAGGGUUACUGUGGACCAGUGCUCGUGUGACACGUUGUGUGCCUGCUGUUCAACUGAGGGCAACUAUAAUAACUGAACUGGACAGGAUGCUGACUUUCUCAAAAACAUCCUCCAGCCUGCGGCAGCAAGCUAGCUCUUGAUUUAAGACCUCCUCUGUUCCAUCUCAGAUGUCAGGACUGCAAAACAACACCAACUGUUAAAAGGAUGGUUCACAGAAGGUUGGGCUCAGCCUUGAGGAUAGGGCAAAAACAAUUGUUUUUCCUUCAAUGACUUAAAUGACCAUGCCUUCAACUAUCUCUACAUGAGAAUGGACAAAAAUCUGGGGAAGCACUCAAAAUCCAAGUGCCAGCCAAACAAGGAGAUAUGAGGCGGGAUAUUUGGAGUAACUGUUGGCAAUCUUAAGGAUAGGAAUAGCUAAUCAAGACGACAGCUCUGUCUCAAACAGCGUGUGGACCUCUACCCUGGUAAAACUCUGGCUGCUCUGAUUCCUAACCAAAGCAUCCUUACGGCAUAAUGCUGUGUACUCAGGGUGUGGCCGCUCCCCUAAUGCUGAGCUCUUUUUUGCUGCAGCUAGUCAGAGCCAAUCUCCCUUCUGGCUGCCUGAUUGCAUCUGAUAUCCUAAGCUGCACCAACCUUGGCCUUGACCAAGUCCCAGUAGAGUUGCCUGUAAUGGUGGCAACAUUGGACUUCAACCACAACAACUUAGAAUGUCUUGAGGAUGGUAGCUUUGCUGGCCUUCCCAAUCUUGACACCAUACGGUUAGCCCACAAUCAGCUGAGCAGACUCACUCCUGGAACCUUCCGGAAUACAAGUAACAUACGCCAUCUGGAUCUUUCCUCCAAUCAACUGAACGUAAUUGAGCAGCACUACUUUCAAGAGUUAGUAGGAAUCAAGGAAUUACUCCUUUACAACAACCGCAUAGUUAGGGUAGAGAGCAAAGCCCUGAGCGGUUUGAUCAACCUACGCAAAGCCUACCUGAGCCAUAACAGACUGACAGACUUCCCUUUCUUUUCCAUUCAAGAACAUGCCAAUUUGAUUACCUUGGAUCUAAGCUCGAAUCGUAUGCCCAACCUUCCGGUCGAGGAUAUUGCAGCUCUAGAGGAAUCAGUACAGCAAGGGUUGUUCCUGCACAACAAUACCCUAAUUUGUGAGUGCUCCAUGUACAGCAUGUUUAAACAAUGGGAGCAUAGAGGCUUUACCUCAGUGAAAGAUUUUCGGGAGGAGCACACCUGCUUGCUUUAUGGUGAGCACCGUGCUUCAGUGCGGUUUCUUCAACAUGUGCGAUUCUUUGAGAAUUGCACACUAAAACUUCAAGCGAAGACAGAGAGUAUGACAGCAGCUGCUGGGAAAUCAGUGAAGUUAGAUUGUGAGACAUCAUUAAAGGGAAAGCAUCUUACCUACUGGUGGGUAUCACCUAAUAAGGAAUACAUUGCUCCCCCUGGUAAUAACAAUACUCUGCGAAUGUAUGCAAACGGUACUUUGGAAAUCUUGGCAGCUCAAGUGAAGGACUCUGGGGUGUACUUGUGCAUGGCUCAAAACCAUCAAGAGUCACGCAACGAGACUCAUGAAGUUAAUGUAACUGUGACGUCACACCAUCCGGAGGAGGAGUCCUUUAAUACUGGCUUUACAACCCUGCUGGGCUGUGUUGUCAGCCUGGUUCUGGUCCUAAUGUACCUCUACCUGACACCCUGUCGCUGUUGGUGCCGCAAGCAGCCCCUACCAGCGACACCAAGCCCUGCAAAUGAAUGCAGUGCCCAGUCAUCUAUCCUGACGCCCACGCCACCUGCCACCACAGAGGGCCCCGGCCGCAAGGUCAGUAACAACAAGCAUGUGGUCUUUCUGGAACCCAUCAAGGAGGCACAGAAUGGGAGGCCGCGGGCAGCACUGGCCCUCGAGCAUCCCAAGCUGGCGGUAACACGGAGCGAUGCUGACUCUGUCACUUCCGUCUUCUCAGACACCACUAUUGUGCCAUAGCGGCUGCUUACUGUCAUCCCAACGACCUGCUCAAAUGAGCACGUGGGUCCUUCAACGUGGCAGUCUGCAACUGCACAGCUACUCAGGACAGAUCAGGGAGAGGGUUUUGAAAGCCCUUAGCAGGGAGCAGAACAGAGCAGGAAAGCACAUACAAUCAGAGAGAAGAACGAAAUAUGAAAUAUAAAAAAUAAAAAUAAAAAAAGCAAAAAGAUGGAGCCAUGCGCUCCCAAGAUUUGGCUUUAAGGCUUGACUGAGCCAUGAGACGAUACAAGAUGAAGGAAAUGGUUUGAAACUACAAAACCUGAGAAGGAUAAAAGCUUCCCCUUUAAAACUGCUUGAGCCUUGAUAGAUUCAUAGCUAUGAAUGCCUUGUCUAGAGCAUAUAACCCACAGAAUACUGCAUAAACCCUACUCUACUCUAGAAAUAGCAUGAAUGAUAUGAAGGAGAAUGACAAGAGCAUACUGAAUUUCUAGUUUUUUACAGAUAUGACUAGAAUGUUGACUUUUUUUAGGUGUCCUUUGUACCCCUGUGUUUCACAUUGACAACUUGGUGAGUAGUUAGCAGCAGUAAAUCCUUUUCAAGCGGUCAUGCCCACUUUGAAAAUGUAAUGUAAUUUUGGUCAUAAAAAAUGCAUCUACAAAAUAGUGGGGAUUGUUGAGAAGUUUUUACAAAAAUUGACAUUUAGACAUGCAAAGUGGUGCUCCUAAGUUAUCAGAGCGAAUGUGGAUAUCACACAGAUAUAUAUUCUUAAUGAGAUUAUUAACUUGAAAUAGAUGAAACUGAAUAAAAUGGAAUCUGUGAAAACACUGAAGUACUUUUCCCCCUCCCGAAGCAUUCCAUGUUUCCCCUUGCCUCCCACCCUUCUCCCCCUUCCACGAAUCCCUUCUUUAUCGGCUUCCUAAUAAAUCCUUUUGCUUCGACCCCAGAGGUAAAUGUCUGCCUUCUUAUUGUUAAUUAAAGUCACUUUGGCCAAGGUGAGCAUCCAAAUUAUAGAAUGUGUCCUGACGUUCCUGCUAGAGUAAAUAUAACAUUUUGUUUGCAACUGUAUAUGAGAACAAAACGUCAUCAAAAGCAGCUGCCAGCUAGAGCAUUAGAGAACUUUUGUGAUAUAUCUGGGAUCAAACCUAUUUGGUUGACAAUGGUACACAAAUAUUCUACUGACCACUAAAGUUGCAGUACAAACCACUAAACCACUUUAAUUUCUGGAACAUCAGGCCUAGUGAUGGGAACAAAUCUGAUUUAUCAGGUUUGUGUGAUGAUUUGGAGAUAUGCCGUGACCCACAAAUUAAAACAGGCAGUUAAAGGGAGUAUUUUACAAUAGUACAUUACCCUUGAGCCGAAGCCAUCUUCCCCAGAAUAACUGCAUACUAAUGCGUUCCAUCUGCUUUAUGAAUCAAAGCUUUACUGCCAUCACUAAAACCACCAUCAUCACAAUCAUAUUUAUAUUUACCACACUGUUUUGUGCUACAAUUCUAAACAAAUUUGCAUGGACACCAAGCAUUUUGACAUCCAAGGCAUGCAAAGUUUCCCCCAAGGCUCUGAAGUACAAAAGAGUGGGGUAAUUUGUGCCACUAAAGGCAUAGUUCAUCUAAAAAUUAAAGUUCUGCCAUCAUUUACUUACCCUCCUCUCAUUCCAAAACUGACUUUCUUCUUUGGAAAAUAAUUUUUUUGUGAAAUAAGUCAAUGUUUUUUGUUCAUACACUGGAAGUCAAUGAUAACCAAAGGUGCUUGGUUACCAACAUUGUUCAAAAUAUAAUUUUCGAAAGUUCCACAGAAGAAAGUAUGACAUACAGAUUUGGAAAGACAUGAGGGUGAGUAAAAGAUGGCAGAAUUUUCACUUUUGGGUGGACUAUCACUUUAAGUUUUUUUGCAUUAAUAAAUAUAUUUCAAAAUGUAUGUUACAAUGGCAUCAAUUAAGCAUCUUUAAAAUAGGGGCACAGAAAUAUUACUUCUUAAAAUCUCAAAAUCAAGGGUUACGUUGAAUAACUAGAGAAAAAAUAAACUUACAUUUCAAAUAAAAAAUACAAAUGUAAAUCAGAAAAAAACUAUUUAUAAAUCCACAAUAUUCACAUAUUCUAAAUUUUAAUCUAUUUUGCAGCACAUCACAUUUUCAUUAACUAAGCUGCAACUUUUUUGAAAACAAUUUUAUCUUUUUUUUUUUAAUAAAUAUUUGCAUUUGGAUGAAAAGCUUCUAUCACUAUUAGUUGAGGCAUAUCUUACCUCGAAGCAUCUGAAACAUUUUGGGAAAAAUGCUUCAAUGAGUGAUUCAUGGCUAAAAUUUAGCCAGACAAUUUUACAUUUUCAAUUCAACAACAUAUAUUGAUACAUAUAUUAGGAAUAAAAUUGACUUUUCUCAUACGCAUUUAGAAAUUCAGUUGAAUCUGACAGGUAAUUUCUAAAUAAAUAUUAACAUGAUCAAAAUUGUGCAUAAUCUGCUACAUUAAGCAGCUGACACAACUUACCCACUGGCACAUCCUACCCCCACUCUCCCUAAAGCAAAAUAUUUCAAAGUCGUGAAAUGUCUUACAAUAUCCACUUGUCAUUUAUAGUACAUUCCAUCAUUGUCACCACCCUGAGUGUAUGUUCUGCUGGGUACGUGUCUUAUCAUGCAGUGCAAAACUCCUGUUAGGGGACUGCAAUUGCUGCCUCUGAGCUGUGUGUGGUCCACCUCAUUAGUGUAUUAUUUAUCACAUGGGAUCAAUACUGUCAAAGAACUAUAUGUCAAAACUUUGACAGCACAAAAAAGCACAGGAGAAACCUCCUAUGAGCCUGGGGCUAAUUAAAACCCAAGGUUUUUCUGUAAGAGGACUAUUUCGAUAUCAGUUUCAUGUGCAUGUGUGUACUGUGAAUAUUCCAUCAUUAGGAAAAUAAGAUUAUGAGACAAUACCCAAUAACACAAAGGGUAGUAGUAUAACUAAAAUCUUAUGUUGAUGACAAACCUUAUAUCAUAUUAACAGUGAUAAUGAUACCUAAAGUAGCAUAAAAAGUAUGCAGUAUAUAUACACAAACACCUCUAAAAAAAAGCAUCAACAAGGAAGUUAACAACACACAUAUUUACAGUAUGGGAAUAUUGUGCAUUCUAUAUUGCAGGUGAAUGAACAGUAAGUAAAGGGAAAUCCUGAAGUCAUUACAUCUGCUGAGAUCUAAAACGUUCUUCCCUCGUGCAUCAUACUGUGUUUCAGAUGCCUGUGUGGGAAGACCAAUAUGGGCUUUUGUUUGAGCCACGAGCAUUAAGGGAUAAGACAUAGAUUACUAGUCCACAUUGGCAACCAGCUGGAAACAACAAAAAAACAAACGUACAUUUUUCACCAAAAAUUAUGAUUAUCUGGCAUUUGGUGGAAAACCAUGUUUUAUAGUUUUGUUUCUUAGUCCAAAUUGCACUUGGUGUAAACAGUCCAUCACAGCCUAGUCAUUCAUUUAAAAGGGAUACUUUCUUCUUAAUUCACUUCUUUCAGACAUUUAAUGCAGAAAGGCCUUGAUGACAAGGCAUGAAAACAAACACACUGCUUUAGUCUCCCAUAAUGCAGUCACAUCAGCUCGGCUUUCAUUUGCUAGCUUUUCUGCAGUAUUUCCACCAUUAAAUCUCAGCAGGACAAAUCCAACAGUUUUGUCCAACAGCCUGUGAACAUGUAAAUGAGGAAUGUGUAAUUGAUUAGCUUGACUCUAUUCCUGCACGUUUAAGAGGGACUGGAAGCGUUAUAAAAAAAUAAUAAUAAAACCUUGCAUUUGAGAAAAUUAAAUAGCUUAUUUAAUGUGUCUGAGGCAGGACCUUAGCAAUCAUGACAAAUGGCAAACCAUCAUCCUAAUCAAUUCUAAUCAAGAACAUUACAGAACAAAUACAUUCUGCCAUGCAAAUAGGUUUAAGGUGCAAAAUGUGCAAAUUCAGAAAAGGAAUAUCCUUGGUUUAGCUUUGCAUUGAAAAUGAAAUUAAGGCGAGGGGUUCUGUUGGAAUCCCUGAGAAGACUUGGAUAAAUCACCCUCCUUUACAACAUCUUUCAUUUCCUGCUGUUCUGGCCCAUCCAUUUCAUAGGUAUUUCAUCAUAUAGCUCGACAACAGUCCUUCGAUUACCAGCAAGCAAAUUUAGAGUGCUCAUCAAUCAAGAAUAUUUAUAGUUGUUUUGAUGAACCUUCCAUGCCAGGCAGACUAAUACAGAGCUGAGAUUGGCCACCUACAAAUACUGUCUGGACAGAUUUAGCAGUAACCUACAUCUGAUAUGAAUCCUUCACUGUGGUUGUUAUUUGGUUGUUCUUUGAUUCAAUGGACUCUGCGGGUGAUACAUUGUAGGUAGGCAACCAAAAUGCCAAUUACCGCCAUGGGACCACAGCGUUAAAUACAACCCAGUCACACGUGACACUCGUUCUCGAAUUCACCACCAGGUGGCUCAAAGGAACGGAUUGCAACAUUGCUCAGUAAGGCUGUAAUUGGGACAUUUUUACUUGUAAAUGAAAAUAAAAUAAUGAAAUAAAUUGCUGGUAAUAAUAAUAAUAACAGUAGGCUAAUAGUAAUAUAGUAUUAUGAUAUUAAAUCUCGGCAAAUUAUUUUUCAUAUAAGUUCUUAAUGUACUAAUGUACAGCUAUUUGACAACUGUUACAGUGAAAUAUUACAGCGACAGCGCAUGAAGUGUGCUUACAUUUUACUGUACAGCACUCUCCAGUAUUCUAAAUUAUUACACAAGGUGUGCAUUAUUAAGGUGGGCCAUAAAAUAAAUAAAACAACAGAAAUUGGGGAUUUUUAGGAUUUUUAGGUGGGUCUGAAUUGUGAAAUUGUUGAUCACUUUAAAUCGUUCCCUUGUAGCCUAUAGGUUAAAAAGUGGAGACAUUGUAGCCUAUUACUUUUUUUUUAUGAUUUGAAAAACGAAGAAACGAAUAAGUAGGCUAAAAGGUAGCCACAAUUUAACUACAACAAUGGCAUUAAAACACAAGGGUGAAUUAGCGUAAUAAAACGUCCUUAUGUUUCAACUGAAGCGAUUUUCAACACAGGCCCACAUAAAGUCUGUUGACAGUUAAACUUGUUAAUUAAUGAAGGUUUGCAUUCAGAGUUCAGUGUUUGUAUUCACUGUGUGAUGGGAUGUAAAAUUAAGAUGAUGCAGCUACAGUAAAGAUGUUAAUAAUAUGAACACGCUUUGGUGAAUUCAAAAAGACAUUGCAGCUAUUACAGAGAAGUUUUAUUAUAAAUAAUCAUUAUUUUAUGUUGUGUUAGGUUUUCCCCAUGAAACAUAAACAAUGACUACGUUUACACGUGCACCAAUAAUGCGAUUAUUUAUCAUAAUCAGAGUAAGGUCUUACAUUUACAUUUAUGCAUUUGGCAGACGCUUUUAUCCAAAGCGACUUACAUUGCAUUAUACUAUACAUUUGUAUCUGAGUAUGUGCAAUCCCUGGGAUCGAACCCAUGACCUUGGCAUUGCUAGUGCCACGCUCUAUCCACUGAGCUACAGGAAAGCUUAGUCUUAAUGGUCUAAAUUAAUAGUCUUAAUUAAUAGUCUUGUUAAUUUCCUUAACAGGAAAGUCUUAAUGGCAGUAAGGUUUACACAUCACACAAGCAGAACUCUUCACUCUAGUUUACAUGCAAUUUUCAUUACUCUGAUUAUUCGCUAAUAAGUAUGGUUAUACCACACUUAAGAUGAUGAUACAUGGGGCAACUUUUUGAGCAAUGUUGCUGGGCAAUGUUGCCGUCAACGGACAACCUGAUGAGACACAGGGCAACUAAUUAGGGCAACAGACAGUUGGCAGCAACUAAUCAGAGAGGA